GACUCCAACCAACCCGGAACUUUUAGGUCAACUAAUCAUUCCUGAAACCUUUUUGUAAGGACUUCUCCUCCUGUUUUUCUGAGCAUCUCAAAUGUUUCUCUAAGAAAAGACACUUCUGCGGACUAAGGGAGUUUCUUUCAAAGGGGAAAAAAGGACAGUUGCAAAUGUUUCUCGCUCCGACUGCGGCGGCUCCUGUGGGACAGUAAACCCUCGACUUUUCAAACCAGCUAGAGAGUGGUGGAGUCAAGAGGUGCCAACAUGCCUCAACAGAAGGACAUAGUGAAGAUAGCCAUCCAGAUGCCUGGGGCCUACCCCCAGCUCAUACAACUGGACCAGAAAAAGCCUCUGUCUGCUGUAAUAAAGGAAGUGUGUGAUGGCUGGAAUCUCCCAGGUCCUGACAACUACGCUCUGCAGUACGCUGAUGGAGUGCAGACGUACAUCACUGAAUCGAAUCGUCUGGACAUUAAGAACGGCUGCAUUCUGCGUUUGACCAAGGCACCGGGCCGCUGUGCAGAAGACCUGUUCAAGGGUAUCCAGAGCUCGGACUCGGGUGUGCGCUGCGAUUCGCUGAAGGAGCUGGCGAGCGUUUCCACAGACGUGACCUUCGCUCAGGAGUUCAUCAGUCGAGACGGACAUCUCUUAUUGGUCAAAAUAGUAGAGGACGCUAACGAGAGUAACGUGAUAAUGACCCACACACUGACUGGCUUCAUGGAACUGAUGGAUCAUGGGAUAGUUUCAUGGGAGAAUCUGUCGUCUGUCUUCAUCAAGAAGAUUGCUAGCUUUGUCAACGCCAAGCUGACCGAUGCAUCAAUACAGCAGGUGUCCUUGGACAUCCUAGAGAGCAUGGUGCUGAGCAGCCACGGCCUCUUCCUGCAGGUCAAACAGGAAGUCACUAUGGAGCGGCUCAUCGCUCACUUCAUGGUGACGAACCAGCAGAUACAGACCAAAGCUAUGGCUCUACUUAUGGCACUACUACAAACAGCCGGGGACUCAGACAGACAGGAUAUUUUUGCGUUCCUGAAUAAGAGGAAUCUCCGGCAGUACAUUUAUAAAAACAUCAUCCAUAGUUCUGGUUCAGUCCAGGAUGAGAUGGCCCACUACCUCUAUGUCCUACAGUCCGUUACCUUAAAUCACCUGGAGGGCCGCAUGAGGACCCCUAUGGACUGUUACAGCCAGGAGCAGAGAGAUAUCCUUCACGGUUUGCGGCAGACAGCAUUUGAGACGGAGAGUGAGAACAGUCUGAGCCACGAGAGACGACGCUCGCUCUGCGCCAAAGAGUUCAAGAAGUUAGGCUUCUCAAACAACAGUAACCCUGGGCAGGACUUGGUGCGAACGCCUCCUGGUCUCCUAGCUUUGGACACCAUGUAUUAUUUUGCUGCACGCUAUCCUGAUGCCUACAGCAGGUUUGUCCUGGAGAACAGCAGCAGGGAGGACAAACAUGAGUGUCCAUUUGCCAGGAGCAGCAUCCAGCUUACACUCAUCCUGUGUGAAAUCCUUCGUAUCGGCGAGCCCCCCUCAGAGACGAGAUCUGACUACCACCCCAUCUUCUUCAGUCAGGAUCGGCUGAUGGAGGAGCUUUUCUGUGUCUGCAUCCAGCUGCUCAACAAGACCUGGAAAGAGAUGAGAGCCACACAGGAGGACUUUGACAAGGUGAUGCAGGUGGUGAGGGAGCAGAUCACCAGGACGUUGUCCAGUAAGCCAACGUCCCUGGAGCUCUUCAAGAACAAAGUCAAUGCCCUCAACUACAGCGAGAUCCUCAAGCUGCGGCAGACAGAACGGCUGCACCAAGAAGAGACUCUUGCUCCACCCGUACUUGAGCUCAAAGAACGCUUGAAGCCAGAGCUGCUUGAGUUGAUCCGCCAGCAGAGACUCAACAGGUUGUGUCAAGGAACAAAGUUUAGGAAGAUAAGCAGCCGACGCAGACAGGAUAAACUGUGGUACUGCCGCUUGUCUCCCAAUCACAAAAUGCUUCACUACGGUGAUGUGGAGGAAGACACAGACAAUCCCACAAUUGAAACACUGCAAAAGAAGAUUCCAGUAGCAGAUAUAAAAGGCUUGCUGACGGGAAAAGACUGUCCCCACAUGAAGGAGAACAAGGGCAAACAGAACAAGGAGGUGUUGGACCUGGCAUUUAGCAUCACAUAUGACGUAGAAGAGGACAGCCUGAACUUCAUCGCACCCUCCAGAACUGAUUUCUGCCUGUGGACAGAUGGACUGAGUGUUCUCCUGGGUCGGGAGAUGAGUAGUGAAUCUAUGCGCAGCGAGCUGGAGAUCCUGCUCUCUAUGGAGAUUAAGCUCCGCCUCCUGGACCUCGAGAACGUUCCCAUCCCCGACAGUGCACCGGUGGUCCCAAAACCGCCUAGCAACUUCAACUUCUGCUACGACUUCAGCCAGACUGAGCAGUAGAGUCUGUGCAACUAGGAUGUGUGACUGUGUAAAUAUAUGUGUGUGUGUGUGUGUGUGUGUGUGUGUGUGUGUGUGUGUGUGUGUGUGUGUGUGUGUGUGUGUGUGUGUGUGUGUGUGUGUGUGUGUGUGUGUGUGUGUGUGUGUGUAUUAAAUAAGUGGUGCGUGUGUGUUGGAACUGACCUGUGCAUCCAUGCACUUAUUCCUAUAACACAGAUUAAUAACAUUAGAUGUUUUUUUUUCUGUGACCUGGACUUCUACAUCCAAGUGCAACAAUGAACAGGUGAAAACCUGUGGAAACUACAACUAUGGAAAUUGCUAUCAAACUGUUUGGCUAUGACUGUACUCAUGCUGAAGAUUAUCUGCAGAAUAUUCAAGAAAUAUCUUCUGAUUGAAGGAUUCCUCCCCAGCUGUCUGGACACCUCAACACAGCUCCAAAACAACUUGGCAAAAGGAAAUUAUUCUUAAACAAUACAGCAGCUCCAGUAAUGGUACUUUAAUUUUGUUUUGUAAUCAUAAUUUUAUAAUUCUAAAUAUAUCUUAACUAAACUAUGUAUGAAACAUGGAAUAUACCUGUGUGUGAGGUUGGAUUUUACUGGUUGAGACAAUAUAUGCAUUGAUCUUUGUCUCAAAUGCUAGUUGUGCUCAUUUGUUAAAUUCUUGUAUUUUAUUUUUUUUAAAUGGGCAUUACCUAGAACACAAUGCUUUCUCAAGAUAUGGUACAUGUUAGACUCAUUUCCAACAUGUGGAAGACAAAUACAGUAUGUUUUGCAUGUUGGACAGUGUUUUGCUUAAAUAUAAGUAAUACAGGUACUGACCUUGGUACAGAUCACAGCUCGAUAUGAUUAUUACGGAGCAGAGAUGCUCUGAAAGCUCUGUACGACUUUUUAUUAUUUUAUAGUGAUACAUUAGGUACCAAGCCGACCUUUUGUUUUGAGCUUUAGUUUUGAACAAAAGUAAACGGUACCUUUGCCAUAAUCAACAGUUUUAUAAUAAGAAAAAUGUGUGAGACAUUUUUUAUAUCCCACUAGCAAUCCUCCCCGUAUAUCUGUAUGACACAGUAUGCAAUCAGUGGUAUUUUUAAGGUUUUCUCAACUGCUUGCAUCCGAUCCUGAAACUGAUUGAUUUUAUAUAAUGUUCAUUGAUAUGAUGAUGGAUGAUAAUGAUGAUAAUAUGAUAGAGGCAACAUGCUCAGUCACAGUUUGCUACACUCAGACUCACAAAGCCCAAAAUAAAGACACUCAAAGCAGCUACUUAAUAACUGACAGCUCUACAGUAUAUCACGUGCUGUGUUUUUUGCACAGGGUUACUUCAUUUAAGCACGGUCUUGAGUGUCCUCUGCAGUGCAUUCCUGACACACACUUUGGGUGACUUUACAAUAAUAAACAGUUUGAUUUAUACUGAGAA